UACGACAAUUAUUAUUUAUUUCCGUUUGUCACUACAACAUUCCCCUCACAUAUUUUCGUGAUUUUUUUUUAGAUUUAUUUAUUUAAAUACAAGUACGUAUUGAUGAGGUUACUUUAGGAUAAAUAUAUCAUAUUAUGAUAUAAAUAAAAGCUGACUACUUUAGAAGUAGAAGAAGUGUAUAGUGAUACAAUAAUUUUUUUUUUUAUAUUUAUAGAAUCCUAUUUAUAAUUAUAUAAUAUUUUUGUUUGAUCAUACUUGGCUUAAGUUAAAUUUUUUAAAUUCGAAACACAGUCAACUGUAUUGCAGCCAUCAUCGAAUGUCAAUUUUUAGGGAAAAUUUUAUCCCCGUCAUUACGUGCAUAUUUCGCUGUACGAAAGUGAGCGCAAAGGAAAUUUGAAAAUUCUUGGUGUCUGCUUGUGCAUAUGGACGAGGGGCGAACGAUGAACGACGGCGAAUGCUAGUAGUCCAGUGAAAUUUUGACAGUUUGUUUCUUGCUUUUGGAAAGGAAGGUUGGUAGCACCGGUUAAAAAUCGUAAUCAAAACUAAAUACUCGGGACGGAACAAAAACAAAUAGCAGUGCUCGCUCGCAGUGGUGAUAAAUUUGUUGUAGUAAGCAAAUAGCAAAGCAGCGGCGCACAAAAGUGUGAAACAAAGAGAGAGAGAGAGCGAGCGAGAAGUAGAAGGAAAAAAGAAGAGGCGACAGCAACACUUCACAACAACAGUUUGCAGUACUUUUGGGGAAUCGUUGGUGCUCCCGCAGUGGCGCUACCGACUGUUCGUCCUCUCAUCUGCUGUUCAUUUAAUGGUGUGUGUGCGUGUGUGUACGAUAUAUUUACGUAUAUUUGUUGUUGCAUUGAUGUAGUCGUUCCGUCGCACCACACACUUUGUGCACAAAUUGAUUACCACUAGAACGCCUCUUUAGGAAACUGAAGAUGGAGAAGCUUUAUUAAGCACAGCGUAUGGAGCGUAGCUGACGAGCAGAAGAAGACAUAAUAACGCGAUUUUUAUUCCCGAAGUCGAUGCAGAUGUAAUUCAACAAGUGCAUUAUUUUUUUUAGACAAAUAAAAAAAUAAUAUUUAGGAAAACUAAACUAAUCAGCAAAUUAAACAAAAAUAACUAUAAAAGGAACGCACCCUAAAAAAUCAAGAAGUGCAUUAACACGGUAACUGUGCGGACGCUAUGACCAUAAUACUAUUUUUGGUCGACACAUCCGCGUCGAUGUGCCAGAAAGCCUACGUGAAUGGCGUACAAAAAUCAUAUCUGGAUAUAGCGAAGGGCGCUGUAGAGACAUUCCUGAAAUAUCGUCAACGCACACAGGAUUGUCUGGGUGAUCGCUAUAUGCUAUUAACUUUCGAAGAACCACCCGCUAAUGUUAAGGCCGGUUGGAAAGAGAAUCAUGCAACAUUCAUGAAUGAGUUGAAAAAUCUGCAAAGCAAUGGACUCACCUCAAUGGGUGAAUCAUUAAAGAAUGCCUUCGAUUUAUUAAAUCUGAAUCGCAUGCAAUCGGGCAUCGACACAUACGGUCAGGGCCGGUGUCCAUUUUACUUGGAGCCGUCUGUUAUCAUUGUGAUCACCGAUGGUGGACGGUAUUCGUACCGCAAUGGUGUACAUCAAGAUAUUAUACUGCCAUUGAAUACACAAAUACCAGGAACAAAUUUCACAAAAGAACCAUUUCGUUGGGAUCAACGACUAUUUUCGUUAGUUCUGCGUAUGCCUGGCAAUAAAGUAGAUGAACGUGCUGAGGGCAAAGUACCACACGAUGAUUCGCCCAUAGAACGUAUGUGUGUGGUGACAGGCGGACGUUCGUAUCGUGUGCGUUCGCAUUAUGUUCUAAAUCAAUGUAUAGAGAGUUUGGUGCAGAAAGUGCAACCGGGAGUCGUCUUACAAUUUGAACCAAUGCUACCAAAAGACGGUGUGCCAAAUGAAGCGCUUCAGGACAUAAUAUUUCAACCAAUGAAAAAAAUGAUUUACGUGCAAAAACAUAUUUCCCAAAAGACCUUCCCAAUUGGAUACUGGCCUUUGCCGGAACCAUAUUGGCCCGACCCGAAGGCGGUAACAUUACCGCCCCGCGAUGCACACCCCAAACUGAAAGUAGUCACACCCGCUGUUGACGAACCGCAAAUGGUGCGCAGCUUUCCCGUUGAUAAGUACGAGAUCGAAGGCAGUCCGCUUACUUUGCAGAUAUUGCAAAAACGUGAAAUGAACAAAUGUUGGCAGGUGAUCAUAUCGAACGGAAUGCAUGGUUUUGAAUUACCAUUUGGUUAUUUGAAGGCCUCACAGAAUUUAACACAAGUACAUCUGUAUGUAUUGGCAUACAACUAUCCGGCGUUGUUGCCGCUGCUGCACGACCUUAUACACAAGUAUAAUAUGAGUCCGCCCAACGAUCUCGUGUAUAAAUUUAACGCUUAUGUGCGCUCAAUACCGCCAUACUACUGCCCGUUUUUGCGGAAAGCGUUACUAAACAUCAAUGUACCGUAUCAGCUGCUCCAAUUUUUAUUGCCGGAAAAUGUCGACAAUUAUUUGUCACCGAACAUCGCCAAUCAGUUGAAGCAUAUCAAAAACACCGCAAAGCAAGAUCAAGAAAAUCUCUGUAUGAAGGUGUAUAAACAGUUGAAACAACCGAAACCGCCGUAUCGACAAAUCGAAACUGCAAAAUUAAAUCCCGGCGUACCAUUGAGACGCGAUCUGGUACGUCAUCCAUUGUUGAGAGAGACCUUUUCAAAAUUACACGCUGAAAUUGAACCACUUGAGAACUACACAAUUGUUGUACCACAGCUAACACGUCAAUCGUCGGCGAAGUCAUAUCGCAAUCCAUUCGAUAUACCACGACGUGAUUUGAUGGAAGAAAUAGCGCGUAUGCGUGAAACUGUGCUACGACCAACGCCCACCAGUUUGGUGGCGAAAGAUUCCGGACACUGCCUACCCAUUGCCGAAAUGGGUAAUUACCAGGAAUACUUGAAGAAUAAGGAUAAUCCUUUGCGCGAAAUCGAACCGACGAACGUAAGACAACACAUGUUCGGUAAUCCAUACAAAAAGGAUAAGCAUAUGGUUAUGGUGGACGAAGCUGAUCUCAGUGAUGUGGCGCCAAUGAAAUCAAAUAAUGGUGCAGGUGGAGCGCCACUACCAGGUGUGCCAGGUGGCAUUGUGCCAAAGAAAAUCGACGCAUCACGUGCACGCAAACGCAAGGCCGGUCCCAUACGCAAGGACUAUAUAUUUCGACGUACUUCCACGGACGUGCGACCUAGCACACCAAGUUUGAAUGUAACAUCUGCAAAUGCCUCAAACUCAUCGGUUUCUUCAAUGUCUGAUUUCGAUGAUGAUAGCGCCUCAGAAACCGCAUCCAUUUCAUCGAACAUGUCCGAUGACGGUGAUCCGGAUAGACUUGUUGUCGCGUUUGAUUUCAACGAAGACGAACCUGGUGAACCGCUAAUCAAUGGUUAUGUACGUAAUUUUAUCAACGGCAUUAGCGACGAAAGUAGCUGUGAUUCAGAUAUGAGCGGGCCCAGCACAACGCCAAUCAAUUCUACGGCUGUUAUUGGCAUGACGGUUGGUGGCACAUUGCCACUGCCACCUAUAGUACAGAUGCCAAGCAAUAACAAUGUAUUACCACCAAUGUCGCCGCCAGGUUCACCACAACCUUAUAUAAAUAAUUUUGGUCAAUCAAUUAUGACACCUGUAGAUGUGGUGCCUGCUGCAAUCGGCUCUAUAGUAGCGCCAAACGUGUUGACCAAUACCAACCCAACGAUAGCGCCUAACGUAUUUGCUCCUCUUCAAAUCAACGGUAAUGCUUUGCUUAGUAUUCCUACAACAACGCCUCCAUUGGGAGCGCCAGUACCCGUUGUAACCGCAGCAACUCCCGCACUUAAUAUCCAAGCAUCUGCCUAUCAACACAACGAUAUUAACGAUGCUCAAGAAAUAUCGCGCAUAUUACAACAAUGCCACAAUGGCAAUGCUGGCAUAUCGACUGCAACUGCCGCGCCGAAUCCCGAUACCACAGUCACUGCAGGUGCGCCGGUCAAAAUGGAAACAGCAGAGUCUGUGCUAAUGCCACCACCAUUAGCCGCAGUGGCGAAUUCACUGUCGCCUGUGACACUUUCAGCCAAUUUCGAUACGUUGAAACGCGAGUCAAUGACCAAUAAUGUGGGUAUAACUAAUUCAAAUCAUGUGACCAAUCACAAUCAACACAACAGCGUUAACAGUAUAACAAGUAGCAAUAACAUUGGUAACGGCGCUAGUCAACGUAACUCAAUUGUGGUGUCGGGGCCACCGCCACUCACAGAUGAACAACGAGAUGCGGCACGUAAACAUAACCUGGAAAUUAGAACACAAGUUUUUCGCGAUAUACGACGUCCAGGUCGUAAUUAUACACAAUUGUUAGAACAUCUCAAUUUAAUUAAGGGCGAUUUUGAAAUGAAAUCAAAUUUCAUAAAAAUGUGCAUCAGCGAAUCGUUGCGUUUCCGACGAAAACAGAUGAUUGACAGCAUACAAGAGUGGUGGGACAAGAAACAACAGCAACAAUUACAAACAACAACAACGGCGACAAGUUAACAAUUACUAUUAUGGAAUAUCAAUUGAGCUAGUGAGCCAUAUACAGGCAAAACCGUCAACGGCAAUAGUUUUUGUUAUAAAAAAAAGGAAAAUACCCUAAGAUCAUCGUAGACCACCGAGCCGCACAGGCUGAUCUUAUCAAAUGCAAAAUCAUAUGCCCAAAAUGUGUACAAGUUGUAUGUGACAUGCCGAUUGCUAAUCAAAUCACGCUUAAGGGUGCGUUGUAUAAAUGUGCGUGUGUGUGUAUGCGGGCGAGUGGGUGCUCAUUUUCGUUAAAGAAAACGGGUACUUAAAAUGUGGUUCUUCACAUAAGCAAAAAAAAAAAAACAAAAAAAAAAACUAUUAACUAAAAAGUAAUGUGGGCGUGGGCGAGUUGAGGUGUUGAACUUGCAAUGGUUAACAAAGCUCUGUACAUGCAUGCUGUUGGCGUGUUGUACGUGUGUGUGUGCUUGGCCACUCGAAUUAUAGCUGCAGGCAAGGUUCUACUUGUACAUUUAUAUGUGCAGAAAUGGUUUCAAACACGUUAGGCGAUACUUAGGCGCAUAUAUAUAAUAUAAGAUAAUGCUACUACUAGUAGUGGGUCCACAGAGUUCCAACGGUCUGCUAAUAACCGUUUAAAGCGAGUUUUGCGAUUUGGGGCGGACUUUAGCAUCUUUCAAACGUUCGUUUACAUAUUUGAUUUAUUAUUUUUAGUAAAUUGUAAAAAUAACCUUUCAGUCAUUAAGGGACUCUAUUUUGUAAAUAAAGCUAUAGCAAAUGUAAAUAUAUAUAUAUAUUUUUUUUUACAAAUUAUGGCAAAUUCAAGCAGUUAAGUUAGAUUAUAAAAUUUAAAUAUCGCGCUUGAUAUAAGAUUUAAAAAAAUUGUAUCCCUGCGUCUAAAUUGCAAUAUUUUUGUAGCUCUUUAAAUUUUAAAAAUUUACAAUUUCAAAGAAAAAUAAUUUUAGUAAUUUAGUUUUUCGAAAAUACAUUAAACAAAUUUUUUUCCAUUUUUUAAUAUAUAAUUUAUUUGUAAAAAUUGGUUUCUGUGGACUCAACUACUAUUUAACGUAUUUACUGUAAUACAAUACGAGCAUUACUUUAGUAAAAUCUGCAUACGUGCUCGCUUUGCCUGCCUGCGUUAAUUUACGACAUGAAAUUGUUAGAGCAAAUCACUUAAAAAUUUAACAAAAAUCUAAUUUUUGUUGAACAUUAAGCAACUCGCAGCAACAUUUUAGUACCACCCCUUACCACAAGUAUGAUUACGCACCAGUGACCGUUACUUUGCGCUAACGCAUGUUCAAUUGUUUUUGUUGAUCUUGUUUUAAAUACUUUCCGUCGUUUAUCUUUAGAAGAUAUAAAAGAAUAGACUGAUAACUUUAUAAUUGAAUUACCACGCCCACAAGCCCAAAUCUUGGUGUUAUAUACAUAUAUAGUGGUAUGUAGGUUUGUACAUAAACUCGACUUGUCAGCUGUGUACUUGUGCUCCGUUAUCAACCACUUAAAGACACACGUGAUUGUGCUGCUUUAGUAGAUUCAAAUUAAAGUAAUUAUUUUGCUUUGUUCAAAACACAAAAAAUUCGUUUAUUUUCAGUAAAACAAAAACGAAAAAAAAAAAAUUAUUAAGUUUAACUAACGUAAAUGUAAAACGAAAGGGAGCGCGCUAGGCCUUUCCUCACAUCCAACUGAGAAACCUUACAUUUUCAUGUAAUUUUAUUCUAGUUUAACUUGUUUCCGUAAUAUUAUAAUUUAGUAAA